AUGAAAGAGCAUCAAACGCCACACAAAGUAUUUUUGCGCUCUGCAGAGAAUGGCAAGGGAAGAUUCAAGGAUUUUCCAUCCAAAAAGUCUAACAAGAUCACAAACAAGAGCUUGAAUGCCGCAUUUACAUCCGUUUCUGAAGAUUCCGUGGAUUUAUCGCCGAUCUCUGAGAUCUCAGAUGCAAAUCGCAACGAAGAUGUCACGAACUUCUUAUUGGAAGAACCUUCCUCUGUUACGUUGCUUCCGUCUGAUAUGACUCCUAAAAAUAUCGCUGGCACAACGGGAAUCGGUUCCACUAAUUGUUUUAGUGCCUGUGAGUUGGAUAGUUCCAAGUUUGCUUCUGUGGAGGCUGAGAUUGCUGUUAAUUUUCUCAGAAAUGUUAAACAUGAGGUCCUCAAUUCGGUCAAUGAUGGUCCCCAAUAUAGAAAGCUUAUGGAUGGGAUAAUUGAGUAUGUCAUACAUGAUCUCCAUUCGUAUACGACCUUGCCAGAGGAGAAAGACCAUUUGGCUAAUGUGAUUUCAAUGAAAAAUCAGAUGCUGUUUCUAUGUACCCUUGUUUGGAUCAUUGGAGUAUCAGUUGUUCUUUUCUUCACUUCAGAUGUUCAUAGCCCUUACAGUGGACCAAUGCCAACUUAA